CCGACUCCCCGAGGUGGCCGGGCCGGGCCGGGCUGGGCGCUGGGUUCGGGCCGGGCGGCGCCAUGGCGGGCUCGGAGCGGAGCCCCCUGCUCACCUACCGCCUGUGCAGCAGCACCUCGGUGGAGGAGCCCCGGCCGGGGCCGGCGCCGGGCUCCCGCAAGCUGCGCACCUUCCUGGGCGUGGUGGUGCCCACCCUGCUCUCCAUGUUCAGCGUGGUGCUGUUCCUGCGGCUCGGGUUUGUGGUGGGCCAGGCCGGCUUGUACGAGGCGCUGGGCAUGUUCGUGGUGGCCUAUGUCAUCAUUGGCAUGACGGUGCUGUCGGUGUGCGCCAUCUCCACCAACGGGGCGCUGGACGCCGGCGGAGCCUACUACAUGAUCAGCCGCGCGCUCGGCCCCGAGUUCGGGGGCAGCAUCGGGAUCAUGUUCUUCUUGGCCAACGUCUGCGGCAGUGCCCUGUACAUCCUGGGGCUGGUGGAGGCCAUUAUCGACAUCUUCGGCGUCCCGCUGGGUCAGACCACAGGCAGCAGCUUCCAGGUCCUGCCCCGCAGCUACUGGUACGAGCUGCUGUAUGGCACGGCCCUGCUGCUGGUCUGCCUGCUGGUCUGCCUGGUGGGUGCCUCCAUCUACGCCAAGGCCACCUUCCUCAUCUUCCUCAUCGUCAUGCUGGUGCUGGUCACUGUCUUCGUCAGCUUCUUUGCUGUGGGUCCCACCGUGGUGCCGCUGCUGCUGCCGGAGGGCAACGGCUCACUCGCCAUCAAUGGCACCUUCACCGGCUUCCGGCUUGACACCCUGCGGGGCAACCUGGCAGCCGCCUACAGCGUGGACUACACCACGGGGCGCCUGAUGAGCUUCAGCACCGUCUUCGCCGUCAUGUUCAACGGCUGCACCGGCAUCAUGGCCGGCUCCAACAUGUCGGGGGAUCUGAAACGCCCCAGCUACUCCAUCCCCAGAGGCACCAUCGCCGCCGUGCUCUUCACCUACCUCAUCUACAACCUGCUGGCCAUCACGCUGUGCUGCACCUGCGACAGGAUCCUGCUCCAGAAGGACUACGGCUUCCUGCGGGACAUCAACGUCUGGCCUCCCUUUGUCAUCAUUGGCAUCUACUCGUCCACCCUCUCAGCCUCCAUGAGCAACCUGAUCGGAGCCUCCCGCAUCCUCUACGCCCUGGCCAAGGACGACAUCUUCGGCAGAGCUCUGGCGCCGGCAAAGAGAACCUCCCGCGGUGGGAACCCCUGGGUGGCCGUGAUCCUCUCCUGGGUGGUGGUGCAGCUGGUGCUGUUCUCCGGGAAGCUGAACACCAUCGCCGCCAUUGUGACCAUCUUCUUCCUGCUGGUCUACGCCACCGUCGACCUGGCCUGCCUGGCCCUCGAGUGGGCAUCGGCCCCCAACUUCAGGCCCACGUUCCAGUACUUCACCUGGCACACCUGCGUGCUAGGCAUCCUGGGCUGCGGCGUCAUGAUGUUCCUCAUUAGCCCCAUCUACGCCUCGGCCAGCGUGGCCUUCAUGCUGCUGCUGCUGCUGGCCCUGCACUACCUGUCCCCGAGCAGCAGCUGGGGUUACAUCAGCCAGGCCCUCAUCUUCCACCAGGUCCGGAAGUAUCUGCUGAUGCUGGACGUCCGUAAGGAGCACGUCAAGUUCUGGCGCCCCCAGAUGCUGCUGAUGGUGCAGAACCCCCGGUCCAGCGUCCAGCUGAUCAGCUUCAUCAACGACCUGAAGAAGAGCGGCCUGUACGUGCUGGGCCACGUGGAGCUGGCGGAGUUAGACUCCCUGCCCUCGGACCCCCUGCAGCCCCAGGCCGAUUCCUGGCUCCUGCUGGUCGACAGGCUGAACAUCAAAGCCUUUGUGAAUCUCACGCUGGCCGACUCGCUGAGACACGGCGUCCAGCAGCUGCUCUUCAUCUCCGGCCUGGGUGGCAUGAGGCCCAACACCAUCGUGCUGGGCUUCUACGACGGCGCCGCGCCCCGGGACGGGCUGGCGCAGCACCCGGCCUUCGAGGGCGGCGAGGAGGUGGCGCAGCUGAUCUUCCCGCCGGUGCGGGGGGCCGCAGCCCCCAGGAGGCUGUCGCCCCAGGAGUACGUGGCUGUGGUGGCCGAUGCGGUGAAGAUGCUGCGGAACGUGAUGCUGGCUCGCUCCUUCGAGCACUUCGACAAGGCGCGGGCGCCCUCCAUCGACGUCUGGCCCCUCAACCUGCUGCGCCCCGACAGCGCCCGCUACGCCGACACCUGCAGCCUCUUCCUGCUGCAGAUGGCCUGCGUGCUCAGCAUGGUACGCUCCUGGCGCCACGCCCAGCUCCGCCUCUUCCUGUGCGUGGAGACCGGGGCCAGGACCCGCGGGCAGGAGGACAAGCUGCGCCAGCUGCUGAAGGAGCUGCGUAUCCAGGCUUCCAUCCGCAUGGUGCCCUGGGACGCCGUGGUGGCCUUGCACUGGCAGAAGCAGCAGGAGCAGCGGGCCAGGCCGGCGGAGGCAGCCAUGAACUUCCCGGGCAAUGCCACCUGCAUCUCUGACGAAUACCUGAAAGCAGCCAACAGGCUGAUUCUGGAGCAGAGCCCCUCGCCCACCAUCCGCUUCCUCUACUUGCCCCGGCCCCCCGCCGACACCAACCUCUACCCUAGUUACCUGCACCAGCUGGAGCUGCUCACCCGGGACCUGGGCCCCACCCUGCUGGUGCACGGUGUCAGCGCCGUCACCAGCACCGAGCUCUAGCCCGGCCCGGCCCCCGGGCCUGGCACAGCAACGGGCCAGGGGACUGCGGUACUCGGCCCGGCCUCCCGGUCUGGAUUCUCUGGCAGAGAACCCCCCCAAGCUCUCCCCCCAUGCCGCCCUCACCCAGGGACUCCCUACACCGCCCCCGCGCUCACUCAGGCCUCCUGCACCCCCACUGCUGCUCUGCUAGUCACACCCGCAGCUGGUGCGUGUGGCUGGUAAUUGCCGGGACUCGGACUGCCCCAGCUGGAGAACCGGUCAGCCCCUGAGAAGCUUGGGCAGCGGCAGUGACGGGCACGGAGACUCCGGCCGGCCCUGGUGGUGACAGGCCGGUUGUCAGGAGACACAAGGAGCACGUGACGAACGCUCUGGAGUCUCCGCGUUCCCUGGCCGGCUGGGAUGUAGGGGGGCGUGGAGGGGAACAAGAGCUGGCAGGUAAAAUGGCCUCAGCCCAGCGUGGACGAUGGGCAGAGCCCGUGCCCUGAAGCUGCCAGUAACUUCAUUUGCACUGAAACGUGUUACUGAAAUAAAUCUGCCUUGGGAGGCUCCAGGCAGAGCCCUGGCCUGGGU